AUGGACAGUAACCCUGGCGUUGAACCGCAAUGGUUGAGUUGCUUUGGAGUGGGUUUUGGUUUAGUUUCCAUGUUUAAACUACAGGUUCCUCCAGACAUAAUGGAUAAUGACAAUAGCGGCGACCUGUCAAUAUCCGAAGGAGACAAUGCCACGUUAUGGUGUAGAGCAACCGGACACCCAACUCCGAGGAUUUCUUGGAAAAGGGAAGAUAAUCAACCUUUUAUUAUAAGAAAAUCACCCAGAGAAUUUACUAAAGUGGAUAACUACAGUGGGAGUAAUUUAUAUUUUUGGAAAUUGGAUAGAAGACAAAUGGGGGCGUAUUUAUGUAUUGCAAGUAACGACGUUCCACCAGCUGUUAGUAAAAGAGUUGCUUUAAACAUUAAUUUUGCUCCUAUGAUAAAAGUGCCAAAUCAACUUUUAGGAGCACCUUUAACUACGAACGUUCAAUUGGAAUGUUACGUUGAAGCUUAUCCCAAUACAAUAAAUUAUUGGGUGAAAAAUCGAGGAGAAAUGUUAUUGAAUGGAUCGAAAUACUAUAUUCGUGAAGAUAAAAACUCCUACAAAGUUUUUAUGUGGAUGACGAUCGUCCGAUUUUCCGAAGAUGAUAUUGGAACUUAUAAUUGUAUCUCGACAAAUUCGUUGGGGAAAGCUGAAGGAACGCUAAGACUUUAUGAGAUUAAGGUCAGUCCAGAAGAAGCUCGAGAAAAUCGAAUGAGCAUAUUAGGCGGUUUGGCGGAACCGGCACGAGGUCAAAGGGCGACGGCGUACGCCUGCGGACGACGCCUCAAGGCGUCGGUUUUCCUUAUAUCGGGCGUCUUCGUCGUUGCGGCAUCGUUCUGUGCGGAUCUCAGGUGACGCCGCUAAAAUGGGGAACAGCAGGAAAAGGGAGGAAGGAAGGAAAUGAUUGAAAGGACUCGCGAAAAGCGUGACGUUUCCGGAUAUGAACGGUUCGCCUUGUGAAAUGCAAUUUCGGCACCAGAAAAAUGGCCCCACAGAAGAAGCCCGGUGGCGCGUCGACGUAGUUCUGUCAAAUUUUAGACGCUCCAACGUCUAUUAUUUUAAAUCCAACUCUGGGUCUAGAAGAUUUCUCUCCUUUAAUUUUUUUUCCUUU